AUGGCUAAAAAGGACAUCAUCUGCAUUGUCUCUUCACGGUAUAAAGCGGUAUUCUUGAAGAUUAAUUCUUCAACCACCAUCUUGGAUCUCAAGUUUGAUGUGGCAGAGAGGUUAGAUCUUCCAUAUGAGUCAUUAAUUUUGGCAUACGAAGAUGAAACAGUUGGAAGCUUAAAAUUUUCCAUUGAGAACGAUGGCGAUCUGACGUCUAUGGUGGAGCAUUGCCACAAUCUUGGACUGAAAGAGGUUCACAUGCAAGCUUUUAAAGAAGGAGAUGAUUCUUCGAAUAAACAAGAAAACGAGCAAGUCCGACAAGACAUUGCUUCCAGCAGUUUGAACUCAAAAAAUAUAGACUGUGGCCCAUCAGCAUUGUGGACCACAAGUUUUCCAGAUAAGAAUCCCAAUGAUAAUCCUUCCGAAGAUGAUGUCAUGACGAUUGAUGGCAUGAUUAACAGAUCAGAGAGGCAUGGCAAUAAUGCUGGUCAAUCUAGAGCCUCAAGGCGAUUCAUUGCUACCCAAUUACAACCCACGUUAAAGGUUCGACCGGAUAUACGGCCUAUUGACGUUCAAAAGGAGUUUCUAAGCUCGUAUGGGAUUAGGGUCGAUUAUAGUAAGAUUUGGUGGGGUAAAGAAAGAGCACAAGAGAAAUUAUAUGGUGAUGCCCAUGAGUCCUACGAUCAAUUACGAUGGUAUGUAGAAGAGGUCAAGAAGACAAACCCAGGUAGCUAUAUUCAUGUUGAACAAAAUGAGGGGAGGUUUACAAGGUUAUUCAUAUGCUACGCCGCCUGCAUAAAUGGUUUUUUAUACGGCUGUAGACCACUCUUAUUUUUGGAUGGUACCUUUCUUAAAGAUCGAUUCAAAGGCAUACUCCUAAGCGCCGUAGCAUAUGAUGGAAAUCAGGGGAUAUUUCCAUUGGCGUAUUGUAUAUGCGAUCAGGAAAAUAAUGUUAACUGGAAGUGGUUCUUACAAGGUUUGUGGUCUAUUCUCUAUGAAAGGCCAGAUCCAUACAACCCUCCACACAAGCUAGUGAUAAUUUCAGAUGCGGAUAAGGGGAUCAGAGAAGCAGUUAGAGAAUUUUUUCCAGAUUCUAUACACUCUCGAUGUGUGUUGCAUCUAGUUGAGAACUUCAGGACAAAGUUGAAGGAUUUGGGAUUCAAAUCAAAAGAUACUCAGAUCUUGGGUAAUCUAUUGCAAUCUGCCUGUUACAAAUAUACUAGAGCAGAAUGGAACGAUUACAUGGACGACAUUAGACUGGUUGACGAAAGAGCUUACAAUAUUGUGAUGAACUACGCUCCAGAAAACUGGGCCAAUGCGUUUUUUCCUGGAGUUAGAUAUGGUCACGUUACAUCAAAUGUUGCAGAGUCAUUCAACAAAUGGAUACAUGAGGCUAGGCUACUACGGAUACUUCAACUGGUAGAGCACAUACGUAAACAGAUUAUGGUUCGUAUGAAUGAGCGACGAACCAUGGCUGAAAGCUGGAAUCAAUUUCUUUGCCCCAAAGCUGAACUUGCUCUCAAAGAGAACAUGGAAAAUGGCCGUCCAUUGGAGGUUCGUCAGUCCCACACAGGAUUAUUUGAGGUACAAUCCCAUAGAUCUUGUCAAGUGGAUCUAGACAAUAAAACAUGCACUUGCCGUGGGUGGGAUGUAACCCGUGUCCCUUGCAAACAUGCAUGCGCAUCCAUUAUGUUUAUGAAAAGGGAUGUCUACCAGUUCUGUGACUGGUUUAUGACGGUUGAAGCCUUUAAAAAAAGCUAG